GCUGCCGGUGCCAUGCAUGUAUGCACGUGCGCGUGCUGAGUAGUUCAUUCACAUUUCGGUAGACCUGCAAAGAAAUUAAGCGUCCCACUGCGUGUUGCCAAAGAGGGUAUAGCUCCUUGGCGGACGCAACUUCGCGGCAGUUUUCCUUUGUCAUUGCCAUGGGAUGAGACCGUCACAUGCUUGCUCGUUUACAAGCCGAACCGCACCAGGCUCUCCUCCUCACUGUGUGUGUGUGUGUGUGUGCAGCUCACGCUGCGGCUGCUCGACACGUAGUCGGUGUUGGGGAGGCCCCACGCCGAUCCAGUCGCUUUCCUUCCUUCUCUCUCUCGCUGCCUGGCCACUUAAACAGCCCCGGCCGGCCUCCACCACCAGCGUCGUCGUUGUGCUCUGCAAUUGCCGCUCGAGCCCCUUGAGGAAAGAAGCAUACCAAGCGACGAACCUCGCUUGCAUCCGACCAGCGAGUGACGCCAUGGACGCCGGCAAGACGCCUCAUCCGCUGCCUCUGAGCGCGGCCCAAAAGCAGAUCCGGGAUGAUGUCCCACAGGUCUGCGGAUGGGCGCUCUUCAACGCCUUCGCCAUCGCCGGCGGCCAAGCAUCCCUCUACAUAGCUGGCUACACCCACCUCGCGUGCAACCAGUCAUCAUCCAUUCUGCCCUGCCUCUGGAUCGGGAUGCUGUGCUGCGCCGCAACCCAGUCGGCCGCGGCGGCGCUGGCGCUGCUGCUCCCAUGCCACCGUCGCCGGGCCAUCACCUACCUCGCGCUCGCGGUCACUGUCCUCUUCCAUUGCAUUUACGCCAUCCACUUCCGGAUCUCCCUCGCCGCCUACCCAGGAGGAUACAUCUUCGGCUGGAUCUUUUACACCGUGGUCAUCUGCUACAUGGUGGUGCGCGACCUGACCUGCCUGACCGAUCUCCUUCGAGGUGAUGGUUGGGGCAAGCAGUAGUGCAGUACGCGGUCUAUUAGUUCAGCUAGCUAGCAGCAAGCUGCAAGGGAUCAUGUCCGUGGAUCAGCUCAUGAGGUACUGACGAGAGCCUAGUUCUACUUCUAGGGAAUAAUAUAGAGUAUACAUGCAUUAAUUCCGCUGUGACGAUUGAUGGAGUUGUGCCGUAUUUGCGAAUCUAGUAGCUGGCUGGUGUAGUGUUAAUAUCCAGAUCGACUCCAGUAGUUGGGCAAUGCUUUGCCGGAUAUAUAAUUAGACUGGAUGGA